AUGAGUCACACCACUACACACUCACUAAGAGUCACACCACUACACACUCAGUACGAGUCACACCAGUACACACUCACUACGAGUCACACCACUACACACUCACUACGAGUCACACCACUACACACUCACUACGAGUCACACCAGUACACACUCACUACGAGUCACACCACUACACACUCACUACGAGUCACACCACUACACACUCAGUACGAGUCACACCACUACACACUCACUACGAGUCACACCACUACACACUCACGAGUACGAGUCACACCAGUACACACUCACUACGAGUCACACCACUACACACUCACUAAGAGUCACACCACUACACACUCA